AUGAAGGAGGACCAAAAGCUACAGGCAGAGAAUUCGUUGAUGUACGUGCUGGAAAAAAAUAAUAUGCCCAACCCACAGUCGAGACAGAUUCACGCGCUGGUGGUGAUUCCAGCUAAGCUGCAAGCUGCUUCAAUCAAGAAGCAACUGCGAUACAAGGGAAUGAGCACCGAGUCCGUGUCGCAAGUUCUUGAAUGCGUUGGCGCAGAAUUUCGCCAAGCUCUGACCAGUGAGCCAUUGCCAAGCUUCUUCACUGAGGACGAGUGGAAAGACCUCAAGGAUUUGAAUUGGCGUACAAAUAGCCGUAUUCACGAUGGCAAGGUUCCCACAACCAGCAAAGGGAAAUCACAUAUCCACGAAGAAGAAUAUGCCAAAGUAUAUAUAGGCAACAUUUUUGCAUACGAGCUCGAAGGCUUAAAGAGAUUAAAUAUCCAAGCUAUCAAAUGGGGUAGUAGCUACCGUGAUAAAGGGCGUGGUAGAACGGGUGAGAUUGUUUAUGUAAGCAACGUUUCGCGCCGAAUCAACCAGAGAUUGGUAGCUAAGCAGUACAAUGCUUCGACUGAAACCCUUGAGAAACACUUGUCGCCUGACUACAAGGCUGAUUCUAAGUACCAUUUUUACAAUGGUAAUCAAAUGGAAUCAAACCUACAUGAGGGUAUCGAGGCUACCGAUUUCAACGAUAAGCUCGAGAAUGUUCUUUCGAUCCAGGUAAGUGCUUUUACGGUAAAUAUCGCUCUUGGGUACGUAUUUGUAGGCAAGAACGAUCCUGAUGAUACUCAUACUCGCUACUUCUAUUCGAAUCUCACCAACACUUAUGUGUGCAGUAAGUCUGUCUCUAUCAACAGCAAGGCUGAUAUUCGAAAAAAAGGGGAUUUCGAAAAUUCGGUCUAUGGGGUUGGCUGA